CAGAGCGCGGAGGAAAAAUCCGCGAGGUGGUGGAAGAAGAUGGCGGUGUCGGGACAGAGUUUGCAAUCUUUCUGAAUAGGCUAGAUGAGUAACUUAUUCGGGCCAUGGCGUCAAACUCAACUAAGUCUUUCCUGGCAGAUGCCGGCUAUGGCGAACAGGAGCUGGAUGCUAACUCUGCCCUUAUGGAAUUAGACAAAGGUCUAAGGUCUGGCAAACUUGGUGAACAAUGUGAAGCAGUUGUUCGCUUUCCCAGGCUCUUUCAAAAGUAUCCAUUCCCUAUUCUCAUCAAUUCUGCAUUCCUAAAGUUAGCUGAUGUUUUCAGAGUUGGAAACAAUUUCCUGAGGCUCUGUGUUCUCAAAGUUACUCAACAAAGUGAGAAGCAUUUGGAGAAGAUUCUAAAUGUGGAUGAAUUCGUGAAGAGGAUUUUUUCUGUGAUUCAUAGUAAUGAUCCUGUAGCGAGAGCCAUCACACUCCGGAUGUUGGGGAGUCUGGCGUCAAUAAUUCCUGAGAGGAAAAAUGCUCAUCAUAGUAUUCGUCAGAGUCUGGAUUCACAUGAUAAUGUAGAAGUCGAAGCUGCUGUUUUUGCUGCUGCAAACUUUUCUGCACAGUCAAAGGAUUUUGCUGUAGGAAUCUGUAACAAAAUUAGUGAAAUGAUUCAAGGCUUAGCCACACCUGUAGACCUGAAGCUGAAGUUGAUCCCAAUCCUGCAGCACAUGCACCACGACGCGAUCCUGGCCUCCGGCGCUCGUCAGCUUUUACAACAGCUGGUCACAUCUUAUCCUUCCACCAAAAUGGUGAUCGUUUCUUUGCACACUUUUACUCUGCUUGCAGCUUCAUCUUUGGUGGAUACACCUAAGCAGAUUCAGCUUCUUUUGCAGUAUUUGAAAAAUGACCCCAGGAAAGCAGUAAAGAGGCUUGCUAUUCAAGAUCUGAAAUUACUUGCAAAUAAAACACCACAUACUUGGAGUAGGGAGAACAUCCAGGUACUCUGUGAAUGUGCCCUCCAGACUCCUUACGACAGCUUAAAACUGGGGAUGCUGACUGUCCUUUCCACGCUCUCAGGGACCAUUGCCGUCAAACAUUAUUUCAGCAUAGCUUCAGGAAAUGUGGGUUCUUCACCCAGAUCCUCUGAUUUAGUCAGAUUAGCCCAAGAAUGCUGUUACCACAAUAACAGGGGCAUCGCAGCUCAUGGAGUCAGAGUCCUGACUAAUAUAACCGUCUCCUGUCAGGAAAAAGACCUUUUGGCACUGGAGCAAGAUGCUGUUUUUGGCCUGGAAUCCCUUCUGGUACUUUGUAGUCAAGAUGAUAGUCCUGGUGCUCAAGCCACGUUCAAGAUUGCUCUGAAUUGUAUGGUGAAGCUGGCCAAGGGCAGACCCCAUCUCAGCCAGUCUGUGGUUGAGACCCUGUUGACUCAGUUGCACAGUGCUCAGGAUGCCGCCCGGAUCCUGAUGUGCCACUGCCUGGCUGCCAUUGCCAUGCAGCUGCCAGUGCUGGGCGAUGGAAUGCUGGGCGACCUCGUGGAGCUCUAUAAGGUCAUCGGGCGAUCAGCCACAGACAAGCAGCAGGAACUUCUGGUGAGUUUGGCCACUGUGAUGUUUGUCGCCAGUCAGAAAGCACUGUCAGCAGAAGUAAAGGCUGUCAUUAAGCAGCAGCUUGAAAGUGUCUCCAACGGAUGGACCGUGUACCGAAUUGCCAGACAGGCAUCCAGAAUGGGUAACCAUGACAUGGCCAGAGAGCUCUAUCAGAGUUUGCUGACUCAGGUUGCCUCAGAACAUUUCUACUUCUGGCUGAAUAGUUUGAAGGAGUUUUCACAUGCGGAACAGUGUUUCACUGGGUUGCAAGAAGAGAAUUAUAGUUCAGCACUUUCUUGCAUUGCUGAGUCUUUAAAAUUCUACCACAAAGGGAUUGCAUCCUUAACAGCUGCCAGUACACCACUGAAUCCUUUAAGUUUUCAGUGUGAAUUUGUGAAACUCAGGAUUGACCUUCUACAAGCCUUCUCUCAACUGAUCUGUACCUGUAAUAGUCUAAAGACGAGCCCCCCGCCUGCAAUUGCCACCACAAUUGCCAUGACCUUGGGGAAUGACCUCCAGAGGUGUGGUCGUAUCUCUAAUCAGAUGAAGCAGUCCAUGGAAGAAUUUCGAAACCUUGCUUCCCGAUAUGGGGAGCUUUAUCAGGCAUCUUUUGAUGCCGAUUCAGCAACUUUAAGGAAUGUAGAGCUGCAGCAGCAGAGCUGUUUACUGAUAUCUCAUGCAAUAGAAGCUCUGAUUUUGGAUCCAGAAUCUGCAAGUUUCCAGGAAUAUGGAUCUACUGGAGCAGCCCAUGCUGACAGCGAAUAUGAGAGAAGAAUGAUGUCUGUGUAUAAUCAUGUCUUGGAGGAGGUGGAGUCACUCAAUCGGAAAUAUACUCCAGUUUCUUACAUGCAUACAGCAUGCCUCUGCAAUGCCAUCAUUGCUUUGCUGAAAGUUCCUCUUUCAUUUCAGAGAUAUUUCUUCCAGAAACUACAGUCUACUAGCAUCAAGCUCGCUCUGUCACCGUCCCCCCGGAACCCCGCGGAGCCCAUUGCUGUCCAGAACAACCAGCAGCUGGCGCUGAAGGUGGAGGGAGUGGUUCAGCACGGAUCGAAACCAGGACUCUUUCGCAAAAUUCAGUCUGUCUGUUUGAAUGUUUCCUCCACGCUACAGAGUAAAUCUGGACAAGACUACAAGAUACCCAUUGACAAUAUGACCAAUGAGAUGGAGCAGAGGGUCGAGCCUCAUAAUGAUUACUUUAGUACUCAGUUUCUGUUGAACUUUGCUAUCCUGGGAACACACAACAUUACAGUGGAAUCUUCCGUGAAAGACGCCAAUGGCAUCGUAUGGAAGACCGGUCCCAGAACCACCAUAUUUGUAAAAUCCCUGGAAGACCCUUAUUCCCAGCAAAUUCGCCUGCAGCAACAGCAAGCCCAGCAACCGUUACAGCAGCAGCAGCAGCAGCGAAACGCCUACUCGCGGUUUUAACCACAGGACAAGUGUGCAACGGACUUCACAGGGAUUGGUUAAAUGGGCAAAAAGACUUUGCUUUUUCUCAUGGAUGAAGAUAUGAAAGUAAUAAUGUGGUCUAUUUACCCACUAUUUCUAUAAUGUAAUAUUAUGAAACAAUGUGUUUUUUUUUCUUAAAAAUUUUAUUUGAGAAAAACUGGAUUCCUAACCAGAAAGAUUUUUUCCUUCUCCUUUCACCAGAUUCUUUAUUUCAUAUUUAACAUUUUCAUUCUCAUAUUAUUCUUUUACUGUUGCCAAACCUCUUCCUUUUCUUUUAAGCCACAUGUUGGGAUCAUUGAAUUGGUAGAGUUGACUGCUUCUUAGCAACAUGUACCACUUGCGGCCUGACACGGACCUCUGACUCCGAGCUAAGCCUUGGGAGGCUCUGACUAGUACGUGCAGCGGUGGAAACUGAGGCCUCCCAUCGAUGGAUGUGAAAGUGUCUCCCAAACCGUGCGGGUUAUGAGAGCGGGCGGCACGACCCCCGCAGAGUUGGGAUGUGCCGCUGUUAUUGCAGCUCCUCAGCUGUCUGUUCUGUGUUUCAGCAAACCCGAUUUAUUGUUUUGGUAUUUAAUUGACCCAAGGACAGCUUACAAUUACAUAGAAGGAUUGGACAUUAAUAAUUUGUUUUUUUUCUGAUAAUACGCGUGAUUGUGUGAACUUCUUACAUUUGUUUUUAAGAGUGAAAAAAAUUGUUCACAUUUACUUUCUUAAUGUUUCGAGGUAGGAGGGCAGACCUUUGAUUGGAUCAGUUUGUUCUCGGCAAGUUACGUGAUGCUAGACUGACUAGAAAGAACAUCUCUUCAUAGCACAACCUCAGUUAGUUGGAACGCUCAGGGAAUAGAAAUUUCUGGUUGGCCAGAAAUCUCCUUUUUUCUGUUUCAGUACUGGUUGAAAACCAUGAUAAAACAUAAAACCAUGAUAAAAUUAUAUACUUUCUUGUCUUAUCACAGUACACUAGAUGUACUUUCGCUGUUCUUUCUUGACUGGGGAUCAUGCAGCUCUUCGGGAUCACGGUCUCCAAGCAUCGGGGGUCACAGCACUGAGAUACCCAUGGUGUGGGCACUAGGGCUCAGAGCAGCGCCUCAGAUGGAGCGGGCACAUUCCUCGGAAGUUUCUUUUUAAAAUA